AUGCCCGAGGGCUACUGCUUGGGUCUUGCCGAGGUCAUCCAGUUCUCGCCCAAAAAGCAGCUCGAAGGUUUCGUGGAGAGGCUUGUCGUGGCGCUCGAAGACGCUCUUUACGACGCACUGCCCGAGGUCCGCCACGCGGCUCGUGAUGCGUUUGAUGUCAUCCACAAGACUAUGGGCUACCGCUCGAUCGACGAACUCAUCCCGCGCCUCCUCAAGCGCAUCACGUGGGUAAACGACCUCGCCCAAGAGUGCUCAAGGCCAAGCUUCACGCCGCAUCGCAUCUUGGGCGCGCAGUGUGCUAUUGUGACGCUUCGCGAAGCGCUCCUCUUGAGCAACAGCAUUCAGUCGCACGUGGCCACGACGCUCGAGACACCAACAAUUACCAACGUCGAGAACGACAAGCAAGAGCUCGAGGCGCUUCGGCAGCGCUUGUUGCGCAAGAGCAUGCUCGCGGUCACGCCUGCGCCGAUCGAGUACAAGGAAGCGAUCGCGGGUGACGGCCAACCUCGCGCCGACGUUGUCUUGCGCAGCUCUGCUCCGGUGCGCCCUUGUCGUUCGAUCGUCGGUGACCUCGGCUUGCUCUCGACGCUCCAGUUUCCCGACACGAUUGCGUCGACGCUCAUGGCCAAGUGCGAUGCGUUUGGCGCACCGGUCAUGUGCCGCCACAAUGACAUGGAGGCUGACAGAGGCAUGCUGGCGCACCUCGGCGCGUGCAUGGAGCAUGCGCCACGACAGAGAUCCUCUCGCGCGACCACGUCAUGA